UAAUAAUAAAAAAAAAAUUUUUGUAAUAUAAUUGUGCCUGACUGUUAAAGAGGCUAUUUUACAUACAUUUGAUAUAAUAAUCUGUCUGACAAAGGAUGUAACAACUGAACUGAAAUGGACAGUUGCCACUUCUUAUUUUGUAGUUUCAUCAUAUGCAUGUCAUAUCCUGUUGAUGGCACUAUUUCCCCUAAUAAUACCACUCUAACAAACCUGCACUACAUUGUACAGGAUCAGGACCUCAGUCUCAGUCACCUGACAGUGUGGUAAGACUUCUCUCCUCCACGUUAUAGUUUCUUCCAGACGUUUUUUAUCUUGUGCAGCAGCUUCUCCUACGUCUUUGUUCAGUCACUGCAGUUCAUUCAGCCGGUGACAAAUGUCGGCUCAGCUUUAAUCUGCAGGCGGCUUUUUGCUUUGCUCUUACUGUACCUAUACCGAGCCUGAAAUGCUGUUACACAAGCUUGAAUUCCCCUCAAAAACCCACUUAAAUGAUCCCUUACUUUGUGAAUGACUGUGGAUGGAGUGCACGCUCAUAGUUGUGUAUAUAUUACAAAUGCAUUACUGUGUGAUAUUCUUCCCUUUUAAUUAAAAAGAAAUUAAUUCAAUCGGUUGCCAGAAGUAACCAUACUAAUCAAUAUACUUAUUUUUUGUGACAUAUGUUUAUUUAUGUCUAUAUUGGGUAAGUCAAAUAUACUGUAAAGUAAGAAUGCUUUCACAAAUAUAAAUCCCAAUUGUUUAUUUUAGUUUUUGAAUAAGAAUGAGUAAAAUACUAGUAAUGAGAAAAGGAAGAAGCACUUUUUUACAAAGAAGUUAUGGGAUGUAAAUCAAUAGAUGGAAUUUAGCUUUAUGGCUUUCCUAGCAGCCACACUCAGUAUCCCAAAUGCAUGUUUUAUUUUCGGUGAUGAAUGCAGUCCAAAAAUGAGAGUGAAUCCUAUUUUAAUGCAAUAUUUGUCCCAAAUAUCUUACAACAAAAAACAAGUGAUAAUGUAUAUAACGUUACGUAAUAAUAUAAAAUAUUCAAACAUUUCAACAUGGAUUUUGCAGAAACAUGACAGACACUGCUGGAAACAUAUGAAUUCAUUGGCAACACCCAAAAUAAAGACACUUUCCCUCUUUGAAGGGGGAAUUCAUUGAUUCAGUCAUUCAUUCAUCAGGGUAUCAAAGGCUGAGCGGUGAGGAGAGAGAGGGAGAAUAUCAAAGAGAUGGACUGGCAAAGUGAAAAAAGGGAUAGAGAGAAUAAAUGUUUGAAUAGAGGGAGAGAAAGAGAAGGAGGAGGGGGAGAGAGGUCGCGCUGCAUCCGUGCGUAAAUGUGAGCAUCCUCUCACUGUUCCUCUCUCCUCCAUAACCUCCUCCAGCCUGAAGUGGCUGCUCUCUCCUCCUCUUCUCCCCGCAGAUCACCUGCUCGGUGGUCGGCACUCACUCACGGACCCUGGAGUCCCAGCGGGGGUCUCGGCUCGGCGCCCUCCUCCAGGGUUUAGGAGGAGCGCCGGGAAUCUCGCCCAGGUUCCUGCCGGGCUUCGUGUCCACCGCCGGGGAGAGCCAUGGCUCCGAGCGCCGGGAGAGACGCGGCUCGACGCGCUCUCGGAUGCCGGUGAUGCGCGGACUGAUUGCGCCACAAAACACCUUCCUGGACACCAUCGCCACUCGUUUCGACGGGACCCACAGUAACUUCGUCCUGGGGAACGCUCAGGUCCAGUCCAUCUACCCCAUCGUCUACUGCUCCGACGGCUUCUGCGAGCUGAGCGGCUUCGCCCGCGGCGAGCUGAUGCAGAAGAGCUGCACGUGUCACUUCCUGUACGGCAGCGAGACCAGCGACCGCCUCACCUCGCAGAUGCAGAAAGCCCUGGAUGAGCGGCGAGAGUUCAAGACUGAGAUCGUCCUGUACAAGAAGAGCGGCUCCAAGUUCUGGUGUCUCUUGGACAUUGUGCCCAUUAAGAAUGAGAAGAGCGAGGUGGUUCUGUUCCUGGUCUCACAUAAGGACAUCACUGAAAACAAAGACCUGGACCCCGGCAAUGAAUCAGACACUGAUGAGGAGAAGAGCUUGGAGAUCCGCCAGAUCAGCUGCCCGUCGGGCUUCAACGUGGAGCGCCGCCGCAGCCGCGCUGUCCUCUACCAGCUGUCUGGACACCUACAGAAGCAGGACAAGACCAAGAGCAAGCUCAAGAUCAACAACAGUGUCCUCGGAGCCAAUGCCAACCCGGUCCCCGAGUACAAGGUGGCAGACAUCCAGAAGUCCCGUCUCAUCCUCCUCCACUACGGUGCGUUCAAGGCCUGCUGGGAUUGGCUGAUCUUGCUGGCCACCUUCUACGUAGCCGUGACUGUUCCCUACAAUGUCUGCUUCACCACCGUGGAAGUACGAGAGGAGGGCAGCUCUGUGGCACGGAACCCACCAAGUGUCAGCGAUAUCCUGGUGGAGAUCCUUUUCAUCAUCGACAUCGUGCUGAACUUCCGCACCACCUACGUGAGCACGUCGGGUCAGGUGGUGUACGACGCCCGCUCCAUCUGCGUCCACUACGUCACAUCCUGGCUGUUUGUGGAUCUGAUUGCCGCCCUGCCCUUUGACCUGCUCUACGCCUUCAAUAUCAGUGUGAACUUUGGGGUUCACCUGCUGAAGACGGUGCGGCUCCUGCGGCUCCUGAGGCUCCUGCAGAAGCUGGACCGCUACUCUCAGUACAGCGCCGUGGUCCUCACGCUGCUCAUGUCCACCUUCGCCCUGUUGGCUCACUGGAUGGCUUGUGUCUGGUACUUCAUCGGGCGCAAUGAGAUUGAAAGUAACAGCUCCAACUCCUGGGAUAUAGGCUGGCUCCAUGAACUUGCCAAACGCCUGGGAACGCCAUACUUUCUGGCACCACUCACCUCCCUGUUUGGAGUUCCCGAUUCACCUCCGGAAACUGUGAUGGCGACACUCGCCAAUCACAGCCAGUGGAAUGGCUCGGGUUCGGAGCUGCUGAAAGGCGCGGGUUUGCUGGACUCGGGCCUGUGGAACGGCAGCAGGACCAGGGUGAGGACGCUGAACGGCUCAGGGAUGACUCUCGGUGGCGGUCCAUCUGUCAGGAGCUCCUACGUGACAUCACUGUACUUUGCGCUGAGCAGUCUGACCAGCGUGGGCUUCGGCAACGUUUCAGCGAACACUGACGCGGAGAAGAUCUUCUCCAUCUGCACCAUGUUGAUCGGAGCACUAAUGCAUGCCGUUGUGUUCGGUAACGUCACCGCCAUCAUCCAGCGGAUGUACUCACGCCGCUCCCUCUACCACACCCGCACCAAGGACCUGAAGGACUUCAUCCGGGUUCACCGGCUGCCCAAGGCUCUUGAGCAACGCAUGAUGGAGUGUUUCCAGACCACCUGGUCCGUCAACAAUGGCAUUGACGUCAGCGAGCUGCUGAAAGACUUCCCAGACGAGCUGAGGGCCGACAUCGCCAUGCACCUGAACAAGGAGCUGCUGCAGCUGCCGCUUUUUGAGUCCGCCAGCAGGGGGUGCCUGCGCUCCCUCUCGCUCAUCAUCAAGACCUCCUUCUGCGCUCCCGGGGAGUUCCUCAUCCGGCAGGGAGACGCCCUCCACGCCAUCUACUUUGUGUGCUCCGGCUCCAUGGAAGUACUAAAAGACAACACUGUGCUGGCCAUUCUAGGCCGGGGUGACCUGAUUGGCUCUGACUGUUUGACACAAGAGGAAGUGAUAAAGACCAAUGCCUGUGUGAAGGCCUUGACCUACUGUGACCUCCAGUACAUCAGCCUUAAAGGUCUGCGCGAGGUGCUGUGUCUCUACCCAGACUACGCUCAGAAGUUCAUCUCCGAGAUCCAGCAUGACCUGACAUACAACCUGCGGGAGGGACACGCCACUGAGGUUGAUUCCUGUCUCUUUGAGGGUGUUUCCUUUCUCUUUGAGGUUGUUUCCUGUCUCCUCGAGGUUGUUUCCUGUGGUAACUUGUUUGCACAAAUCUCAUCUGUGCAUUGAUCUCCUCCACCCAGCAUUUUACACAGUGACGGAGUGAUGGCUCUGCACUUGCAAAGGAUUAGCCAUCUGGACUGGGAGUGAGGAGGAAGUGCAAAUGUCUUCUGCUUGAGAUGCGGCCAACA